UAAUGUAGUAUUGCAGUUUUAGCUUGUUUUAAACUUUUAGUUGCUCAGUGGUUUAUUUAGGAUUUUAAACCUUUACUAAAAUAGAAAUGGAUAGUGAGACUUCAGAGUUUGAGCUGCAUUCAGGACCGGAGAUGAGCACGAACCAGGGCAACGCUCCAGUUUACUGCAUCUGUCGCAAACCAGACAUCAACUGCUUCAUGAUCGGUUGUGACAACUGCAAUGAGUGGUUUCAUGGCGACUGCAUUAAUAUAUCCGAGAAGAUGGCAAAAUCCAUUAGGGUGUGGUACUGUGAAAAAUGUCGCAGUAACGACGACUCUUUAGAGACCAAAUUUCGUUCCAAGAAAAGCCGGGAGAGAGAGUCAGACGGAGACGACAUGGACAUGGACGGGCAGUUUGAGAACGACACGCCUGAUUUUAAGAACGAUCGCAGACGUGGGUCACGGAUUAAGCGCUCGGCGCGCAUGUGCGGGGAGUGUGAGCCCUGCAUGCGGACAGAGGACUGCGCUCUGUGUGACUUCUGUAAGGACAUGAAGAAGUUUGGUGGGCCCAACAAGAUCAGGCAGAAGUGCAGGCUCCGGCAGUGUGAAGUGCGCGCCCGGAAAAUGCUGCGUGUGAAGGAAGAGGAGUUCUCCAUGUCUAAAGGCCAAGAGCGGUUCCAGUCCGACUACCCCCUGUCAGACGAGUACAGCGAGAACGAGCUGGAGCUCUACCAGCAGUACUGCGCCGGCAAAUACGCAGACCAGGGCUGGAACAGUGAUGAAGACGACGGUCCGUAUCUUGAUUCCACCUUGCGAAAGAGAGCCGUGAAGGUCAAGCAUGUGAAGAGGAGAGAGAAGCGGUCUGAGAAAAAGAAAGAGGAGAAUAAGCCCCGUAAACACAAACCGAAGCAGAAACACAGGGACAAAGUGAGGCACAGUGAGAGGACAGAAGCGCGAGACAGCGGUGAAGUCAGGCAGUGCCUCGGACCAGGCUGCGUCGAAUCGGCGCGUCCCAACUCCAAGUACUGCUCCGAUGACUGUGGCAUGAAGCUCGCUGCCAACCGAAUCUAUGAGAUCCUCCCUCAGCGUAUCCAGCAGUGGCAGCAGAGCCCCUGCAUCGCCGAAGAGCAGGGAAAGAAGCUUCUGGAACGCAUCCGGCGCGAGCAGCAGUUAGCCCGGACACGGCUCACGGACAUGGAGAAACGUUUUCAUGAGUUAGAAGGCAUCAUCGCUAAGGCCAAGCAGCAGGUCGUCCAACACGACGAAGAGGUGAACGAAGGAGAUGACGACACAGACCUUCAAAUUUUCUGCGUCUCCUGCAGUCACCCGGUCAACCCCAAGGUGGCGCUACGUCACAUGGAGCGAUGCUAUUCCAAAUACGAGAGUCAGACAUCAUUUGGCUCCAUGUAUCCCACACGCAUAGAGGGUGCAACGAGGUUGUUCUGUGACGUGUACAAUACUCAAAGCAAAACAUAUUGUAAAAGGCUUCAGGUCCUCUGUCCUGAGCACUCCCGAGAUCCAAAGGUUCCAGCAGAUGAGGUGUGCGGAUGUCCUUUGGUGCGUGACGUCUUUGAGCCCACGGGCGAGUACUGCCGAGUAUCGAAACGCAAGUGCAACAAACACUACUGCUGGGAGAAACUCCGCCGGGCCGAGGUGGACCUGGAGAGAGUGCGAGUGUGGUACAAGUUGGACGAGUUGUUCGAACAGGAACGCAACGUCCGAAUAGCGAUGACGAAUCGCGCCGGUCUCCUGGCUCUUAUGCUACAUCAGACAAUUCAACAUGACCCACAUUCAACAGACCUGCGCGCCAACAAAGACAGAUAGCCAGCACGGACUUUCUUUUAUAAGGUCUCUGAACAAGAAGUAACAAGUGUGUUUCAUUAAAAUAUACAUUUAAAUAACAUAUUAAUACUGUUUAUUGCUUUUUAAAGGGGAAUCUGUAAUAAAGAUUCAGUAGAAGUUCAGUUUUGGGAGAUGUUCGCAGUUAUCAGUGCUCUAUGCAUUAUAUACAGUUGCUGUGUGUGUUACUUAAUCAGUCAUCAUUAUACUGUUCUACCAGUUUUAAAUGUUAACAUACUUAUUAAAAACAGUUAUUGAUGUUUGUCUUUUUUGGAAGAAGAAAGAAUCGCGUAUCGUUGUGUGAACAUGGCCGAUACGUUUAAGUUCCUCGAAAUAAACUUUUAUUGUGUGGUGUUUGA